AUGGCGCUCGCGAUGAAGUCCAUGACGUCGACCAAGGCGUCGAUCGCGUCUCGCCGCACGGCGACGGGACGCGUGCGCGGGCACCGCGCGGUGACGCGCUCCGCCCGAGUUGAUGGCGGUAUUUACAAAGAACCGCACCACGGUUUCUCCGACGAGUUCAUCGAGGAGACGUGCGAGAAGUUCCCGGAGGAAGGGAUUUGCGACACGUACGAAGCCAUGGUGCUCCUCGUGGCGGGCGGGUACUCCAUAUUGGACGUUCGCGCGAAGAGCGAGAUUGAGUUCGUCGGUAACUUCCCGCUUCGCAACGCGGCCCACGGGGCGAAGUUCAAGGAAAUCCCGGUCAUCAACGCCACGCGUAAGUACGACUCCGAGGUUGGCGCCAAGGUGUACCAGCAAACCAUCAACACCGACUUCAAGAGCAUGGUGGAGCGCGCGUUCCCCGAUAAGGAGGCAAAGAUCAUCGUCGCCUGCUCCGACGGCCGCAACCGCACCCUUCAAGCGCUCGAAAUGAUGGACGAGAUGGGCUACGUCAACAUCUGCGGCCUCCGAGGUGGCUACAACAUGUGGAACCGUGAGUUCGACUCCAACUUCCGCCGACGCAACUUGCCGGGCGUGUUCAAGGAAGAAUACCAACACGGCGCCGAUGGCUGCGGCGUGCACGCCACCGGCGCUGGCUUCCAAAACCAAGAUGCGUUCCAGUUUGCGGACUGGCGUGACGACACUGAGUGGCUCGACGCGCUCGAGCCGGUCGCCGCGUGA